AUGAUCGGUUCUAUUGAUGAGGAAGAGAGACAGUAUUACAAGUAUAGAAAUGACAAUCAGUCACUUUCCCUGGUUCAGAAACCACCUUUGAUUUAUUCAAAUAUCUUCUCCUCAUCAAACUUUUUGGUCAAAGGAUUUAACCAAAUACCAGAACAAGUCAAAGGAUUUAACCAUAUACCAGAACAAGUCAAAGGAUUUAAUCAAAUACCAGAACAACUCAAAGGAUUUAACCAAAUACCAGUACAAGUCAAAGGAUUUAACCAGAUACAAGUACAAGUCAAAGGAUUUAACCAAAUACCAGUACAAGUCAAAGGAUUUAACCAAAUAUCAGAAGAAGUUAAAGGAUUUAGCCAAAUACCAGAACAAGUCAAAGGAUUUAAUCAAAUACCAGAACAAGUCAAAGGAUUUAACCAAAUACCAGUACAAUUCAAAGGAUUUAACCAAAUACCAGUACAAGUCAAAGGAUUUAACCAAAUACCACAACAAGUCAAAAUAUUUAACCAAAUACCAGUACAAGUCAAAGGAUUUAACCAGAUACCAGUACAAGUCAAAGGAUUAAACCAAAUACCAGUACAAUUCAAAGGAUUUAACCAAAUAUCAGAAGAAGUCAAAGGAUUUAUACAAGUCAAAGGAUUUAAUCAAAUACCAGAACAAGUCAAAGGAUUUAAUCAAAUACCAGAACAAGUCAAAGGAUUUAACCAAAUACCAGAACAAGUCAAAGGAUUUAAUCAAAUACCAGAAAAAGUCAAAGGAUUUAACCAAAUACCAGUACAAUUCAAAGGAUUUAACCAAAUACUAGUACAAGUCAAAGGAUUUAACCAAAUACUAGUACAAGUUCUCAAAGUAUCUAUCAGGCUGAAGGAUGUGGUGAAGCAGAACUUUAUGCGUCAGGAAAUUGGAAAUACAAGAAUUUUUAGUCAAUUUAAACACAAGAUGUCGCACGAAGAAUAUAUUUACUAA